AUGGCAGAAUCUGAAUGUCUAUCUUGGUUAGACAAAUCUCCCUUAAACACACACCCCACUCUCCCUCGGAACCCCCUCAUUCCACACACCCCACUCUCCCUCGGAACCCCCUCUUUCCACACACCCCACUCUCACUCAGAACCCCCUCUUUCCACACCCCACUCUCCCUCGGAACCCCCUCUUUCCACUCACCCCACUCUCUCGGAACCCCCUCUUUCCACACACCCCACUCUCCCUCGGAACCCCCUCUUUCCACACACCCCACUCUCCCUCGGAACCCCCUCUUUCCACACACCCCACUCUCCCUCGGAACCCCCUCUUUCCACACACCCCACUCUCCCUCGGAACCCCCUCUUUCCACACACCCCACUCUCCCUCGGAACCCCCUCUUUCCACACACCCCACUCUCCCUCGGAACCCCCUCUUUCCACACACCCCACUCUCCCUCGGAACCCCCUCUUUCCACACACCCCACUCUCACUCAGAACCCCUCUUUCCACACCCCACUCUCCCUCGGAGCCCCCUCUUUCCACUCACCCCACUCUCCCUCGGAACCCCCUCUUUCCACACACCCCACUCUCCCUCGGAACCCCACUCCCUGCUCAUCCCUUACCGUUUUGA